GUCACUUAUGCUGACAGCUGCGAUGACCGAGAGCUCUUACCAUGGUGCUGUGUACGUAAAUUGUUUUCCUUUUCUCUCGAAAAAAAGGGUAACACUUAGGUGGAAAUCAUUGUUUUGUGGUUGUUUGAUUCGGUUUUCCCGAUGUAUUCUUUGAAUUUUCUGGCCAGAUGAAGCUAAACAUGGAAAACCAGAAUCAACGAUGGACUGUGCGAAGAAUGCUUGCGAUGGCGACCCUGGUGCUGCUGGUCGGGCAAUGUUCCGCGUUCUACGUGCCCGGUGUUGCUCCGGUAGAGUUCAAGAAGGGUCAGAAGAUUGAUGUAAAAGCCGUCAAAAUGACCAGCACCCACACGCAGCUUCCGUACGAGUAUUACUCGUUGCAGCUGUGCUUGCCAAAGAACGGAACGGUAGUGUACAAAAGCGAAAACCUCGGCGAAGUGCUGCGCGGAGAUCGCAUCGUCAAUACACCGUACGAAGUGCGGAUGGCCGAAAACAUCCAGUGCAAGCUGCUGUGCAACUCGAAGGAUCGGCCAAUGAAUUGGGACCACGAACAAUCGGCCAAGGUGGCAGAACGUAUACGUCACGAAUACUUUGUCCAUCUCAUCAUUGACAAUCUUCCGGUGGCGACAAAGUUUGUCAAUCCAGAUACGAUGGAACUGCAGUUCGAGCACGGGUAUCGUUUAGGCCAAACGAACGGUCCGAAUGUUUUCAUCAACAACCAUUUACGAUUCCGGUUGUUUUAUCAUCUGCACAGCGAAAAUCAGUAUCGCGUCGUCGGAUUUGAAGUGGAGACACUUUCGAUCAACAAAAACGCCUUAAGCUUCGACGGUGACACUUGCAUUUUCCCGGACAAUCCCAAACCGCAAGCGGUCACACCGAGCGGCAGGACGGAGCUAUUCUUCACCUAUUCCGUGGUUUGGCAAGAAUCGUCCGUGAAGUGGGCUUCGCGGUGGGAUAUUUAUCUGGGAAUGAACGAUGUUCAGAUUCAUUGGUUCAGCAUCAUCAACUCGCUGGUCGUGGUAUUCUUCCUGUCAGGCAUACUUACGAUGAUAAUGGUCCGCACACUUCGGAGAGAUAUUGCCAAAUACAACACGGAUGAUAGCAUCAGUAUCGAGGAUACAUUAGAGGAAACGGGUUGGAAGUUGGUGCAUGGGGACGUGUUCCGACCUCCUAGGCACCCAAGACUUUUCGCUGCUAUCAUUGGUAGCGGAAUCCAGAUCUUUUUCAUGGCACUUAUCACCAUCAUAAUCGCUAUGCUCGGAAUGCUGUCUCCCUCGUCCCGUGGUGCGCUAAUGACCGCCGGCAUAAUGCUGUACGUGUUUAUGGGCCUGAUCGCUGGCUACUUUUCGGCUCGACUGUACAAAACGAUGAAAGGUCGCAACUGGGAACGGGCCGCCUUCCUCACGGCCACCUUUUAUCCGGGUCUCGUGUUCGGUACAUGUUUCUUCCUGAAUUUCUUCAUCUGGGACAAGGACUCGAGUGGUGCCGUUCCGUUCGGGACGAUGGUAGCCCUGCUGCUGCUGUGGUUUGGUAUAUCAUUACCGUUAGUAUUCUUGGGAUACUACUUCGGUUACCGCAAGCAAGCCUUUCAACAUCCGGUACGCACGAACAUGAUUCCCCGCCAGAUACCGCAUCAGCACUGGUACAUGAACGUCGGGCUGUGCAUUCUGAUGGCCGGCAUACUGCCGUUCGGGGCAGUUUUCAUCGAACUGUUUUUCAUCUUUUCGGCCAUCUGGCAGAAUCAGUUCUACUAUCUUUUUGGAUUUUUGUUCCUGGUAUUCUGCAUACUGGUCGUAAGCUGUUCCCAGAUAUCGAUCGUGAUGACGUACUUCCAGCUAUGUGCUGAGGACUAUCGGUGGUGGUGGAGAAGCUUCAUCGUUUCGGGAGGAUCUGCCGUGUACAUACUGUUCUAUAGCAUAUUUUAUUUCUUCACCAAACUCGAUAUAACGGAAUUCAUACCGACGUUGCUAUACCUCGGGUAUACUGGUCUCAUGGUAGUAACGUUCUACAUUCUCACCGGCACGAUAGGAUUUUUCGCUGCGUACAGUUUUAUCAGAAAGAUUUACGGAGCUGUAAAAAUUGACUAAACAUUCAAUUCAAAGGUGGUAAAUUUGAUUUCUUUUCGCUUUCCACAAAAUUAAGACACUCGCCAGUUUUUGUUUGGUACUACACCUUCAACGAGCAAGAGUCAUCUCUCUGCAUUGCUGCUGAUGCAACACUCACCAAGUGCAUCAAAACCGGGAUGUCGCCUAGAGCCCAUUUUUAAUUCAACUCAGCACCUUUUUGUGAUAGUACAUCGAACAUAUUCGGACGCAAUUCAGUGUUUAGUGCGUAAGUUCGACUUGGUGAUGCAACGAACUGUUACUAAGUUGUAGUGCAGAUGACAUUAUCGUAGGAUUUGCAUACAUAUUUAAUGCAGCUGGUAUGGACCCACACAGCUAGGUGGAAAGCUAAAGGUAAACUUUUAUUAAGCUUAUGACAAAUGCAGCUCAUGUCCGAGGAUUUGCCCGGUGGCGAUUCAGUUUUAGUUGCUACGUUAUGGACCUGCAUACGUCCAAAAGUGCGUUUAUCAUCGGUUUGUUUGUUUGUUUAAAAGUCGUUUCAUUUUAACUUACAUCAACGUGAAAUUACGUCAAGACUCUGCAAUUUUAGUUAGUUGUAUCAUAUGCUAAGACUAAAUGUAACUAAACGAUGACAUAGAUAAAUAAAUCACAAUCUUGAAACAAAAA